AGAGCGGCUUACUAGCUAUCUCACUUUACUUGGAGAUAGUUUAUGCGCUCCUGGACUUUUGAAUCUUGUCCUCCACCAGACUUACCCAACAUCGCUGAGCAACAUGGCUCCUCUGCUACCUUUUUACACGGCGCGCUUUCGAUCCGAGCGCUCCUUCGAGCGACUUUACGAGCCAGUUCACGAAUCCAACUGAUGUCUUCUCCGUGCCCCUUCUUCUCGGGGGCGACGUCGUUGCUCGCGCGCUCGCGCAGUUGGUGGGGUCGCGCAUUACCCCAGUUGCAUUCUCAUUUGCUGGUCUGAUCUCACCUUCCCUUCCUUUAGGAUGGGUUGCAUACGCCGUAACCGCUGUUCUAUCCGCCAUUGGUGGGGACAGGCUGAUGCCCGCCCCCGACUACUCGUGUAAAGUCGUCAACGCGCAAAACGGAUUUGCGCGCGACAAUGAUAGUUGGAUUAUCGGGCGCAUCGUCCGGGACUUUGAGACGUGGAUGGACAGUCAACCACAGGCACAGAACACCGAUGCUAAUGGUGUUGUAGAGGUAAAUAGAGUUGCUGUCCGGAAUCCGGUUGAGAAUAGCGUCAAAGAGAUGAUCGACCUGAGCUGGGAGAAUAUGAAGCGUCGCGCCCGAGAAAGGGGGAAACCGGAACCGACACGACCGCCUAAAGCAGGAUUGUGUGUUCCCGUUUACAGGGCAAGAAAGCCGUUUAAGAAUUACCCCGGGUAUGAUUCUCCGUAUAUUGCCGGGCUUGUUACCUGUCUCUUACAGCUCGGAGUGGCAGCCAUACCGUGCGGGAUAUACGGCAAUUGGAGUAUUCUGCUCGUGACCGGAGCAGGCAUGAUAUUGGCCUUCAUAUCGGGAGCUAUUCCUCAGUGGGCUAAAGAGAAAUGGGCCUGUCGUGAGGACACCGAGAAGACAUUCGCGUUGACUAGAGGAAAUGGCAGCCAAUAUGCCAUAGUAAUUCAAGGUGCCGGCGUUGGUUUUGACCUAGAGGACCUUGCCGCUUCUGAUUGGGGAAGAAUCAAGUCGUGGCCGGUAAGGCUAGUUGUUCUUGUUCUAGCUGUUCUCUGGAUCUUCCCCCUGAUCGCUGCCUCGGGAAUCCAACAAAAUACAUGGUUUCUUCUCGCGGUGGGUGGCUUAGGCAUCUUACAAAACACUUACGUUGCCGGUGCUAGUCGCUCACCGGAGGCAUUUGGUAUGCCUCUCGAGUUUGUAGAGGUCAUUGCUAAGCCCAAAGUCAUGGAUGCCUUGUUGGCGGUCGAAGACUGUUAUCCUCGCGUAGGUAGAAGUUUACUACCUAUUUUUUUCGCAGAGGAGUUGAACAUAGAGGAAACGGCAAGGUGGAAAGACUACGAAAAUAGGAAUAAAACAGACAGGUUAAAGCAUAUGUAAUAAUUAGCAUAGGGCUAAGAAAGAGGAUGAUUUCGUUGAUUCAAAUAAUUGAAAUUAAUGUUAACGGAUCUAGAUAUCACAAAGAACAUGUCCAGGGCGGGACGUAGGAUGCCC